AUGAAAUCCUGGACUUUGCUUGCAGUUUCAAAUUUUCGUCUAACCUCACUUUUACAAAAGUGUGUUGAAAAAGUCAAAGUGGUAAACUUUAAACCGAAAUGUGUAUUUUCUAGUGUUGUUUCUUCAAAUUAUAUUUUGAAGUUUUUCAUACAUUUGUUAGUGAAAAUGGAUGCUUUCGACAUUUUCAAAAAACUUACAAAAGGCGUAACGUUUUCAAGGAAGCAUAAUCCAAGAGAAAAAAAGGAGGACCAAAAAACGGAUUACGAUGUAAAUGAGAUAAAAAUUGAGAAUGUUAAAAGUGAAGAUGAACGUGUAGAAAAUGUAAUCUCAGAAGAAAAUCAAAUUACACUUUUGUCUGGAUUACAAAGGUCAGAGAAAAGAGGGAAAAAGCGAAAAAGGGAUGAUGAGCAAAAUGAAGUAAAAAUGAGGAUGCUAGAGAAAGAAAAGAUAAAUCAUUAUAGGAAUAAAAACAAUAUAUCAGUGGUAGGAAGACAUGUACCAGAACCUUCAAAGACAUUUUAUGAUUUCAAAGUUGAUCCUGAUAUAAUUGAGAAUCUUCAGAAGUGCAAUUUUGAAGAACCAACUCCAAUUCAGAAGCAAGCAGUACCUUUGAUGCUAGAGGGAAGACAAAUCUUAGCUUGUGCUCCUACAGGUUCUGGAAAGACAGCUGCUUUUUUGGUACCAAUUAUAAUGCACCUAAAGGGUCCAGAACGUAAAGGAUUCAGGGCUUUGAUUCUUUGUCCCACAAGGGAGUUGGCAAAACAAACUCAAAGAGAAUGUGUUAGGUUAUCUGAAGGAAGAGGCUUGAGAAUUCAUAUUAUAAGCAAAAUUAAAAAAGCUCUGACUCAGUACGGAUCUUCGAGCUCUCAAAAGUUUGAUAUUCUAAUAACAACUCCCAAUAGGUUGUGUUAUUUAUUGAAGCAGGAUCCACCAGCAGUUUCUCUGAAAAACAUUGAGUGGCUAGUGAUAGACGAAGCUGAUAAAUUGUUUGAAACAGGCAGUAGAGGAUUUAGAGAGCAACUAGAUGAAAUUUUGAAGGCUUGUGAUGGGAAUGAUAGAAAAAUAGCCAUGUUCAGUGCCACAUAUACCCCAGUGGUUGCAAAGUGGUGUGUACAUAACAUGAAAGGACUUGUCAGAGUUACUGUUGGUCAAAGAAAUGCUGCCACCGAUUUAGUUGAUCAGGAGUUGCUGUUUGUUGGCAAUGAACAAGGAAAAUUAUUGGCAUUCAGGGAUAUAGUAAGGCAAGGGUUAAGCCCUCCAGUACUUAUUUUUGUUCAGAGUAAGGAGAGAGCUCAGCAGUUGUUCAAUGAGUUAAUCUAUGAUGGAAUCAAUGUGGAUGCUAUACAUGCAGAUAGAACCCAACUUCAGAGAGACAAUACUGUUAAAGCCUUCCGUGAAGGCCGGAUAUGGGUUUUGAUCUGUACGGAACUGAUGGCGCGCGGCGUUGACUUUAAAGGCGUUAAUUUGGUGAUAAAUUAUGAUUUUCCACCAUCUGCCAUCUCUUAUGUUCAUAGAGUUGGCAGGGCAGGGAGAGCCGGAAGAAAAGGAAAAGCUAUCACAUUUUUUACUAUUGAUGAUACAGUCAACUUGAGGAGCAUUGCCCAUGUACUGAAAGAAUCCGGAUGUGAAGUUCCUCCGUACAUGUUGACGUUGAAGAAAAAAUCUAAGCAAGAACGGAAGAAGCUCGAGAAAAGCGCCCCUAAAAGAGAUGAUAUCAUCACCAAACCUAUUUAUGAAAGGAUCAAAGGCGGAAAAAGGAAUAAGUUCAAGGAGAUCCUCAAAAGAGAAAAGGCGAAGACCAAGAGCGGUAUUGCCGAGAAACGAAAGAAAAGAAAAGCAUUUCUACUGAGAAGAAAACAGUUUCAAAAAAUGAAGGUGGUGGAAAGAAUGGUGCAAUGAAGAAAAAUAAGUUUGACGGUAAAGUUAAUAAGAAUAAAGGUAUUAACCAGAAAGUCAAAAAAGUGAAAGAAAAGAAGAAAUCAUAACUAUAUGUAUUUUUAAAUAAAAUUAUUACAUAAAUUGUUUUUAUUUAUUAAAA